GCUGCCGGACACCAGGACCUACAACGCCAUGAUCAAGGCGCACUGCAAGGAGGGCGACCUCGCCACCGCGCACAGGUAUUUCAGGCUGCUGCUGGAGUGCGGGCUGGAGCCGGAUACGUUCACGUGUAACGCGCUGAUUCUCGGUUACUGCCGGACGGGUGACCUGAGGAGGGCCUGCUGGCUGCUGAUGAUGAUGCCGCUGAUGGGUUGCCGCAGAAAUGAGUACUCCUACACCAUUUUAAUCCAGGGUCUCUGCGAUUCGGGGUCUGUGAGGGAGGCACUUGCGCUGCUGUUGAUGAUGAGGCGGGACCGCUGCUCCCCGAAUUCGCACACAUACAAGUUCUUGAUAGCCGGCCUGUGUAGGGAGGGCAGGGUUGCUGAUGCCAGGAUGCUGCUUGAUGAAAUGCCUCGGGGAGGCGCUGUUCCUAGUGUUAUGACGUACAAUGCGAUGAUUACAGGGUACUGCAAGGCAGGAAGGAUGCAGGAUGCGCUGGGGAUCAAGGAGCUGAUGGAACGAAAUGGGUGCCGCCCGGAUGAUUGGACAUACGGCAUCUUGAUACAUGGCCUCUGUGAUGGGAAGAUAGAUGAAGCUGAACGAUUUCUGGACAGUGCUGUUGAAGGAGGUUUUACACCUACGGUUAUCACGUUCACUAACUUGAUCGAUGGGUAUUGCAAAGCUGAAAGGAUAGAUGAUGCCCUCAGGGUGAAAAAUAAUAUGAUGCUGAGGAAAUGCAAACUUGAUAUAAACGUGUAUGGAAAGCUGAUCAACACCCUCAUUAAGAAGGAUAGGUUAAAAGAGGCUAAAGUGCUGUUAACUGAAAUUUUGACAACUGGUUUAGUUCCGAAUGUGGUCACCUACACGUCUUUUAUUGAUGGCUAUUGCAAGAUCGGGAAAGUUGAUUUGGCACUAGAGGUCUUGAAAAUGAUGGAAAGAGAUGGUUGCCGGCCAAAUGCCUGGACCUACAACUCUCUGAUGUAUGGGUUGAUUCAGGAUAAAAAACUUCACAAGGCAAUGGCGCUCAUAACUAAAAUGCAGAAGGAUGGAAUAACUCCUAAUGUUAUCACCUAUACCACUUUGGUUCAAGGCCAGUGCAAGGAACAUGAAUUUGACAAUGCUUUCAGGUUAUUUGAAAUGAUGGAGCAGAGUGGUUUGACACCUGAUGAACAAUCAUACACUGUCUUAACUGGUGCACUAUGCAAAGCUGGAAGGGCUGAAGAAGCUUAUUCAUUUCUUGUUAGAAAAGGAGUAGCCCUAACCAAGAUGCUAUAUACUACUUUAAUUGAUGGUUUCAGCAAGUCAGGCAAUAGCGACUUUGCUGCCACACUCAUAGAGAGCAUGAUCGAUGAGGGAUGCACGCCAGAUUCAUACACAUAUAGUGUACUGUUGCAUGCUUUAUGCAAAAAAAAGAAGCUGCUGGAAGCUUUGCCGAUACUGGAUCAGAUGACUCAAAGGGGAAUAAAAUGUACCAUUGUUGCAUAUACAACUGUAAUCAACGAAUUGAUCAGAGAGGGGAUGCAUGACCAUGCUAAAAGGAUGUACGAUGAAAUGGUAUCAUCAGGUCAUAAGCCAAGUGCAACCACAUAUACUGUAUUCAUUAACUCAUACUGCAAGGAAGGUCAAUUGGAGGAGGCUGAGAAAUUAAUUGUGGAAAUGGAGAGAGAAGGUGUUGCCCCUGAUGUGGUGACCUACAACACAUUCAUUGAUGGCUGUGGGCAUAUGGGAUAUAUUGACCGCGCAUUUCAUACUAUGAAGCGCAUGAUGGAUGCAUCAUGUGAGCCAGAGUAUUGGACUUAUUGUAUUCUGCUCAAGUAUCUUCUAAGAGGGAAUCUUAAUGUCAGUUAUGUAGAUGUUUCCGGCUUGUGGAACUUAAUAGAGUUGGAUACUGUUUGGCAGUUUCUGGAAAAGAUGUCACAACAUGAUCUAAAGCCCACAACAACAACAUACAGUUCUCUCAUUGCAGGAUUCUGCAAAGCCAGCCGUAUUAAAGAAGCAUGUAUUCUUCUUGAUCAUAUGUGUGGAAAAGAUAUAACACCCAAUGAAGAGAUAUAUACAUUGCUUAUAAAGUGCUGUUGUGAUACCAGGUCCUUUGAGAAGGCCUCGUCGUUUGUUAACAACAUGAUAGAAUGUGGCUUUCAGCCUCAUCUUGACUCAUACCAGCUUCUUAUACUGGGACUCUGUAACGAGGGAGAAUUUGAGAAGGCUAAUUUGUUGUUCAGCGACUUGCUUGAACUGGGCUAUAAUCAUGAUGAAGUUGCAUGGAAUAUUCUAAAUGAUGGUUUGCUCAAAUUUGGUUAUGUUGAUAUAUGUUCACAGAUGCUGUCCACCAUGGAAAAUAAACACUGUUGCAUUAGUUCUCAGACAUAUGCUAUGGUGACCAAUGGCAUGCAUGAGGUGUCUAGCAGUCUGGUUGGUGAAGUCAAAGGAGAAGCUACUUGAGUCAGUCUGACUGAUGUGUUCAUGCUAGUAGAUUUGUAAAUUCCAUUGCCCUCUCUGGUGAGCACUUCAUCUGGACCUAUCUGGUCAAUGGAAGACAGGUGCAAUUUUGAUAUUAGCGAGGCACCUGCAGGUUACAUGGAGCCCUGCAUUGAGCAACAUCCAGUUAGGACGCCGUUUGAUCAGCUAAAUGCUAAUAGAUAUUUUGCUCAAACUGGCCAGUUUGCCGAAACAGGAUAUUCAUACCAAUUCCUGUUUCUAGUCAAAUUGAAGGCACUUCUCAUCAUCGCAGUUGGGAGAUAGUCACUGUCAGGCUCUCCACACCUAGGACUUACGGAGUUCCAUGUCUUGCUUUGCCUUGGGGGCAAUAAAUUAUAAUUGUCAUUCUUUCCCUCUGACAAUAUUAAACUGUCUACCUCUACAACACCUAUUUAUGUUGAGGCAUAUGGCUCCAGAAUACUUAUUUUUUUACUCCAUGCAUGGGACCAUAACAAGAAGAUUCGUGACCUUUACUUCUCAAAUUAUCAAUCUUUUCUUGAAGGAAAAAUCGCCGCUUGACUGGACAACAUGAAAGAACUAGUUGAUCCUUCUCUUGAUAUUGGAUAUGACCCAGAGAAGAAAACACACUGAGGCAGAUCCAUUCAUGUGCAUUUACACAGAACAAGCUCACAGCCAGGUGCUCCGUUUCUUGAAGGUACAGAUCACUCUUAAGGAUCGGCGCUGUAAGGAUCGAGUCCCUCUCUCUCUGAACCGUUGCUGUAUUUCUGCGUCCGUUCAUCCACGAGCGACCACCACUCGCCUGAUCUACCGAUUGCUAUAAGGAUCGAGUCCCUCUCUCUCUGAACCGUUGCUGUAUUUCCGCAUCCGUUCAUCCACGAGAGACCACCACUUGCUUGAUCUACCGAUAGCUAUGUCAGAUCUUGUAAUUCGCCGCCACGGCCGCGCAGAGCCAGCUCCGCAGGUGGGAGUGUUUCUUUUGCGCCAUUGACGCCGCCAACCCUGUCCUCUCCCGCAAUGAGUUCUGGCGCGCCAGAGGUGGCAUUGUCCAACUGCUCUAAGUAAUGUUAUACGUGUGUCAACUUUUCUCCUUUUUUGGGUGCUGUGGACAAAUAUUGUAGUACGGCUUUGUGUGUCUGUGUGACAAUGUUUUAACUGUCAUGUUUCUGAAAUAUUUUGCU